GUCGCUGUUAGUUGAGGAGCAGUUUGAUAUGGACUUGGUUGGAAGUCCCCCAGAUUCCGAACAGACCAAUUCCAAUUGACCUCUCUGAUUUCGUUUUAAUAUAUAUAUUUUUACAAAAGAUUUUGUGUAUAUAAUUUUUUAUUUUUUAAUAAGACAGCGAGAUGGAACUGAACUCUCUUCUAAUUCUCCUGGAGGCUGCAGAAUACUUGGAGAGAAGAGACAGAGAAGCAGAACAUGGUUAUGCAUCAGUUUUACCGUACAAUAGCGACUUUUCCAGAAAGAAAACGAAAGCUUCGCCAAUUUCAAGAAAAACUCAGAACAAUAGGUCAUCACACAACGAGCUUGAAAAGCAUAGACGUGCCAAACUGCGGCUCUACCUGGAGCAGCUGAAGCAGCUGGUGCCCCUGGGGCCCGACAGCACUCGACACACCACACUGAGCCUCCUCAAGAGAGCCAAGAUGCACAUCAAGAAACUGGAGGAGCAGGACCGCAAGGCCGUCAACGUGAAGGAGCAGCUGCAGCGAGAGCACCGCUACCUCAAGCGCCGCCUGGAGCAGCUCUCCGUGCACGGCCUGGAGAGGGUCCGCACUGACAGCAUGGGCUCCACCAUGUCCACCGACUCUGAGCAAGAGGUGGACAUCGAGGGGAUGGAGUUCACCCCGGGGGAGAUGGACAGCCUGGGCAGCGUCAGCGAUGCCGAGGACCCCUACAGCCUGCAGGGCAGCAGCAGCGACGGCAGCUACACACCUUCCCACAGACUGCAGCCCUGCCUGUCGUAGUGCCGCCACGCCAGCCCCAGGCCCACUCUUCCGCCAGCGCGACCACAGACACACUUCUGAUCGCUUCCUCGUCCUCCGCACUCUCACCACAGCAGCAGAUAGCAGAGCCCUGCCGGGGUUUGGCGGAGAGAACGGUGGUGUGGCCGUACAGUCUUGACUUGGUAACCGGAACCCCGUGUGUGUGUGUGUGCAUGCAUGCGCGCGCGUGUGUGUGCGCUCUACGCGAAUGUUGAUUAAUAAAACUUGCCCUGUUGCUCUGAAGACAUAUACAGUAGGAGAAAAAACUCAUCGGCACCUUUUGUAAAUAGCCUGAAAAUAACUCAAAGGUAGUAAUACCGGCACUCGCUGGGUUCUAAGAGAGGAGAACCAAAACCAAAAAACAAGCACUUGUUUCUCUAAAGUCAAAUGUUGAAAAAGUUAGCAGAGAAUUUGAUACGUCCUUGAGGAUCCUUUGCUGUCCUCCGGGAGGCAAACUGUCUGUUCUCUGAAGCACUGCCUGCAGUUCUGGAAUGGAGGCCAUUUUUAAUUUGAUCCUUUUCAGUUUAAAAAAUGGAAACAGAAUCACUUUUGUUCCACCCCAUGGACGGACUUUCUGCACGCGUGGCACCGACUGAGUUCCUUAUCACACGCAUUCUGAGUGCGCGACUCCUGUUGAGGGAAGCAGCUUUUCGGCUGCUCUCUCAGGCGGGGUUAGUGAAGACGGGCUCUGGAGAAGGUAGUCGAAAAGGACAAAGAACAGCGAGAGAUCAUAAAGGAGCCUGCAUUUAUCCAGUCCUGUAGGGCAAGGCUCUCUGACAAGGCUAGGAAAGCAAAGCUGUUAUUUUUCAUUCUCCUACUGUCUAUAGGAGGUUUUCCUUAGUGGUCAUUGGGGAUUUUUCCCCAACUUUUGAAAACUGUUCAUAUUUGAAAGUCCAGGCAGUUGAGCAACUUCACACCCACAGACAAACCGUUAAAUCUGACAUACAGAACAGGGCCCGGGUCAAACCACAAUAGCCACGCCUCUGACAUAUGGAAAACCUUAUUGUACCUCUGAAAUAAAUUAAUUGAAAGUUGGUACAAUUCUUCAGUGACCAAAGCAUUCAGUUUUUCAGUUUCUGCAGCAGGUUGAGAAACGUACCCCUUUCCAAGACAUCUCUUUCACAGAAAUCUCCCAACUCGAUAGAUUCCUGAGACUGACAGGAUGAAAGUGAGAAAAUGAGCUCUCAUCCUGGACCUAGAUGGCUGCCUUUGUUUCCUGUUCGCAAAAGUCAAACUCCUGUUGGCUUUGGAUCCACAGGUUCAGAAACAUCAGCUUGAAACCUGGUGGGUUGCAUCGCACCCAGACUAGGUUCUGAAUUGCAGCCUCACAGGUUGGAACCACAAUGGGUCAUCACCAGUCUUUUUAAAAAAUGAAUCAUAAUUAUUUCUGAUCAAAGCUUUUCUUGCACUUUUGCAUUAUUUUAUAAUGAGUAACCCGGUGUUCUGAACACGAACACUAAUAUGUGGAGAGUCUGUCUGGGAUCGAUCGUUUCUGCCUUCUGUAAACAAAGCGUGUAGAUAUACUCACCUCAGAUAAUAAAUGUAGGCCCCUACCAAGAGCCUUUAGCUAUUUCAGUAGGUUUAAUUACAUGAAUGUUUUAUUUAGCCAGCAGGAGCUUUACAUUGGUGCCAACUUCCCUGCUCAGAGCAUUACAUAUUAUCAGUGUAGCAAAUUGUAGCAUUUGUGACCAUUUUUGAACUUGAAAAAUGCUGCUUUCAGAGCAUUAAAUUCUUGCACCCUUUUUGAGUGAAGAGGGAGAACUGUGAGUAGUGAUGUCGUGCCUUCAGAGCUUUGUGGAGGAGCAAAGCAGUCCCCAAACCUGCAGAACUGCUUUAAAAUUAAUCUCUGUUUUUCAAAAAAUGCUUUGCAGAUGCUGUGUAUUCUUUUUUUUGUAACGUCUUGAAAACAAUGCGGAAGCACAGUUUGUGUGGCCUCUCCUCUCCGUCCUUCUUAAUGGAAAGCACAACUCUGUCUCUAAGGGAGCGCCCUGACCUUUCGUCAUUGAAUUCAAUUCAGUCUUUUCUUUAUAUAGUGCUUUUCACAGCUGCUUUUCACAGUAUGCUUAGAAAAAAGUUAUAAAGUGCAGUAAGUUACUGUACCUGGAUGGAAAGCAGUUUAGUGUGCCAUCAGGUAACAGUGGACAAAUGAGGCACAGAGGAGAGAAAAAGCAGACACCCCUCGUGAAGAGAAAACCUCUGGGGUCCAAGGCCCAGCGGACUUGCAGUGGGAGUGGGCAGCUGUGAGCCGAGGGGAAGGCUGCGCUCAGGAUGCAGAGGCCUUAAAGUUUCGCUCUUGUUGAUUAACAAGGUCGGACCCACCAGCCCCCUGCACAUCACUGCAGCUCCUCUCCCACAGGGGCCGGCAGACUUGUUUUUGGGGGGGAGAGGUUAUCCCCCUCCCGUCCACAAAACGCAAUGUUCCUAACUCGCUAGACCUUAAUGACUGUAGAUUAAGUUGCAAUGAAUUUUCUUGUAGACGCAAGUCAGUACUCGUGUGUGUGUGCGCGUGUUUGUGUGUGCGUGUGUGUGCGUGUCGUGGUUCAAGCUUACAAGUCAAUCCUGUAUGGAAGUUGCCAGCUCUAAUGAUUAGCCUUACCUGGAGGACUGUUGUACCUGCAGAAUGGGUUUGUGUUUUACCCCCCCGAUUCUGCUGUUUUGACUCAGUUCGUUUACUGUGGCUGAGAGCGUGCCGGGGAGUGGAGCUCUCUUCAGGCCCGCUGGGAGCCGAGAAAGGCUGUCCCUUUCAUUUUAUGAUUCAUCCGCUUUCUUUUUUUGUAACCAUGCGAUGGCAGUUUUCAAAAGCAGAAGCUUUGCUUCAGAAACAGUUUUUUUUUAAAAAAAAACCUUCAAAUUCAGCAGCAUCUGGGCAUUACUGAUUAGGCGUGCAUACAGCAUAUGGCAUACGUAUCUUGCAAGGCCUGUGUUUCGUUCAUCAGGGCUCGAAGCACGUGUGUAAUGCAGUGCUCCACGCUCAGCGUUUGUGGAGGAGCAAUUUCCUCUUUUUUUAGACUGCAGCAAUAGCGCUACUAUUACAACUACUACUCUUACUGCUAGAGCUGUUUGCAUCUGUGUGCAACCUCUGCUUGGUUACGUCAUUAGAGCAUGGCCUGUGAAGACAUUUUAACGUGUAAAAAUGGACCAGUCCUUUGAGAAAGGUCUCAAAAAAACAAAAAAAGUGUAUAUAUGUCUGUAUAUAUGCAUAUACGCGUGUAUAUGUAUAUAUUCAAAAACAAAAUACAAAAAAACCUAAUGCUACGAGACACUUUUAGGUAAGUGAUUUUAGCAAGUGUAGUCUAUAUUUCCUGUAUGAAAUUUUGUAUUAUAUUUUCCUAAAUGUUCUCUUUAAAAAAAGAAAAAAGAAAAAAAAAAAAACGGAGUCGUCUCUGGAGUCAGCCGGAGAGGAGAUGCCAGGCGUGCGAGUGACAGGAAGGGUGUGGGACGGUCCAGCCCAGAGCCUGCUCUCAGGGUCUCUCCCACUGUCGUAUUGUGCCUUGGUGACUGUUCAGGUUAGCCCUCCCCCCUGCCCUGAGGGAGCCCCACUCCUGCCCGGAGCCCCCCAGACGCCCCCCCCCCCACCCCGAGGAGCCGGGAGCAGAAAGCCGGCAGGUCUGCUCUUUCCCUGCUCUGGCCGUUCCCCGUUUCGAAAACGAAACCCGGGAGAGGACACCGACGGCAGGAGGCCACUCGGGCCCGCGUCGACGUGAGGCUUCAGCCAGCAGGCCGGGCAGCCCCGUUCCAGACUCCCACAACUCCCUUGGCGUGACACAGCGCCUCCUGGGCCCGGCUUCAAGUGCCGGCUCCCACUUGGGAGACCAAAAAACCGAACGCAGACAAGCUGAAGCCGGUCGAUAAGAACUGGCUGCCGCCGCCGGGCCCCGUUUUGCGAGCGCGCCUCUUCCCCCCCUCCCCCCCACCAAGGAAGCAAAGGGGGCGGCGCUACUGAAAACGGGGUGCUGGGGAGGGCUCGGCUCAGGCGGCCUCUUCCCAGCCUUCCCCAGGAGCUGUACACAUGGAAGCCUGGGUGACAGAGGCAGGGGUGGAGCUCCACGUCCCACUUGUGGCUACGUAACACUGACCAUAUUGGUGAUCUCAUGGCAGCUUAAAUGUACUCGUUCUCACUUUGUCUGAUACUCGGACCUUGCCAACAGUCCUUCUAAAUCAACAACCCUCCAGCUCCUUCUAGAAGCUAAUUAUUAAAUGAAGAGGAAGGUACAGUGGGAGUAACACAAAAAAAAAAUGGCAGCUGAUAAAUUAGUUUCCUUCCUUUUCAACGAAGCAGGUUCCAGGAUUGUGUUAAUGUAUACUACACAUUCAUUAAAAUCCUCAUUUCUUUGAGGCACGACGCAGCAAUAUGACGAUGUAAUGUCAGGAGGCAGUAAUAAACUCUUUGUGGUA